GAGAGGACCUGACCGGUUGUUGGUGGUGACAUUGGACUGUUCUAGGAGAAACACCUACGUUGUCCAUGGAUUUUGUUGCUGGAGCCAUCGGAGGCGUCUGCGGUGUUGCUGUGGGCUACCCCCUGGACACGGUGAAGGUCAAGAUCCAGACGGAGCCCAAGUACACAGGCAUCUGGCACUGCGUCCGGGACACGUAUCUGCGAGAGCGGGUGAGGGGCUUCUACAGGGGCCUCUUGUUGCCCAUAAGCACAGUGUCCCUGGUCUCAUCACUGUCUUUCGGCACCUACCACCACUGCCUCACACGCAUCUGCCGGUUCCGGUAUGGCAGCGCCGACGCCAAGCCCGCCAGGACCGACAUCACGCUCUCGGGUUUCGCCUCUGGCUUCGUCCGUGUGUUCCUGACCUCGCCUACCGAGGUGGCCAAGGUCCGCCUGCAGACCCAGACCCAGACCCAGACGCAGAUGCAGCAGAGGCGGAGAUCCUCGGCCUCAUGGCCCUCGGCCGUGCCCCCCAUGUGUCCCGCACCCGCUGCCAGUCAGGUGCCUGGGCCCAAGUACCGGGGGCCGCUGCACUGCCUGGCCACCGUGGCCCGUGAGGAGGGGCUGCGGGGCCUCUACAAGGGCAGCUCGGCCCUGCUCCUCCGGGAGGGCCACUCCUUCGCCACCUACUUCCUCUCCUACUCCGUCCUCAGCGAGUGGCUCACCCCUGCUGGCCACAGCCAGCCAGAUGUCCUGGGUGUGCUGCUGGCCGGUGGCUGCGCAGGGGUCCUGGCCUGGGCUGUGGCCACCCCCAUGGACGUGAUCAAGACUCGCCUGCAGGUGGACGGGCAGGGCCAGCAGCGCUACAGGGGCCUCCUGCAUUGCCUGGUGACCAGCGUGCGGGAGGAAGGGCCGCGGGUCCUCUUCAAGGGGCUGACGCUCAACUGCUGCCGUGCCUUCCCCGUCAACAUGGUGGUCUUCGUCAGCUACGAAGCCGCGCUGAGGCUCACCCGGGGCCUGCUCAAAUAGCUGUGCCGCCGCGCGGGGGCCAGCCUGUGGAGGCCCGCUGCCAAGGGGUCCCGCAGGGUAGAGGUGGCGUGGGAUGAAAGCACCAGAGACCAGGGCCUAGGAGGACUGGCACAAGGCACCAGCACCAGCACCUUUAUUUUUUACACACACUGUUUUAUACUAAGCGGUGGCUGGUCAUGCUUCAUAGAUCACUGCUAGGGCUUGGCCUAUCAUAGGGAAGUAGCAGAUCGUGACAAGCUGGGCAAGACUGGG